AUACACACUUAACCUAAUUCACUCUUUUCUGAAACCCUAAAUCUGCCCCUUCUCUCCAAGCCUUCAUUCGUAAGAAGCUAACACCGUGAGUGAAGGAAACUGUUCGUGUGGGCUAAGUGGAGGUGUUGUGAUUGAGUAGUACCAGUGACCAGUCUCCUUUUGAGGGUUUUGAAGAUCUUGAUUUCAAAAUGGACAACAAAGAUAACGAUCAAUGCUUCGUUAAUGGAGUUGAUUCUUCUUCAGUUGGAGUUGUCAAAAACAUAGCUUCAAGCACUUGUGAAAAAACAGAGGACAUUAGCGGAAAAUCAAAGGAUACACAUGGAGUUCAACCAAAUGACAGUCGUAAAAAAGAUAAAGAUGUUCCUGAGCCUAAAAGUAUAAUAGGUCGUAACAUCUACAAGGAAUUUGAAAGGGUUAAAGCUUUUGGGACUGUCAAUAACUACAUGCCCUCCAUGAAUCUAUUUGAGGUUUUCUACCAUAAUGAUGACCGAGUGGAGUAUGUGGAACCUGGAGAAGUUUUGAAAAAUCUGACAAAUAAUGAAGAUAUAUGUGGGCCUCAACAAGUACCACCACUACAAUUAAGCAAUAGCUCAGAGAAUGAUAUUUUGAUUGUUGAACUUGGGGAGUCACCAACUUCAAACAACAUGAGGAACGAUAUCUCAAAUUUUUCUUCUUCAAACAGUGCUGUCAAGGAUAUUGAAGAGAGUAAAAAGAAAGGGAAGUCAAAAUCUGCUGCAAACUCCACAAACAAAGAAGCGGAAACAAAGUACAAACCAUGGAAUUCAAAAAGAAAAAAUGCGACUGAAACUGAACCUUAUGAGCCUUAUCAAUUUGUGGGACUCUUUAUCUGCAAGGAAUAUAAAGGAAAAAGAUGCAUAGGAACAGUUGAUGGCUAUAGUCCUAAAAAGGAUAACAAGCUCAGAGUUCAGUACAAAGUUGAUGGAAGGAUAGAAUACAUGACCCAAAUUGAGGCUUUGUAUAGUAUGGCAAAGAGUGAGGACUUUUCAUCAGUUCAACCAUCACUAUAUGAAAGCUAUCACUCAAAGAAGAAAAUCAAUAAGAAAAAGGAUGACAAUGGAAAAGGAUCAACUUCAGGAAAGAAAAAAUGAAAUGCAUAU